CUGAGUAACAAUGACCUGCAGGAUUCAGGAGUGAAGCUGCUCUCUUAUGGACUGAAGAAUCCAAACUGUCAACUGCAAAUACUGCGGUAUUAAGAAAAUAUAAGGGAUGAUGUGCAGUCAGUCAGUCAGUCAUAAUGCUGAUGUGUUUCUGUAGAUAAUCUGACUCGUUGUCUGUAGGUUGUCUGGCUGUAUGGUGACUGAGGAAGGCUGCGGUUAUUUGUCUUCAGCUCUGAGUUCAAACCCCUCACACCUGAGAGAGCUGGAUCUGAGCUACAAUUACCCAGGAGAUUCAGGACACGAUCUGGAGGAUCCAAACUAUAAACUGGAGAAACUCAAUUUGGAUCAUGGAGAACCUUUCAGAAUCACACCUGGACUGAAAAAAUAUGCGUGUGAUCUCACACUGGAUCCAAACACAGCAAACUAUCAUCUCAUCCUGUCUGAGGACAACAGAAAGAUUACACGUGUGAAAGAGCCACAGUCGUAUCCUGAUCAUCCAGACAGAUUUAAGCACCAUGAGCAGGUCCUCUGUAAAGAGCGUCUGACUGGACGCUGUUACUGGGAGGCUGAAUGGGACGAGGGAGGGGUUGAUAUAGCAGUGACCUAUAAAGAAAUCAUAAAUAAAGGAGGCAGUUGUAAUCAAUGGUUUGGAAACAGUGAUAAAUCCUGGAAUCUGUACUGCUCUGCUAAUGAAUUUACUAUCUGGCACAAUAAUAAGAGCAGUAAUAUAUCAGUCCCUUCAUACUCUAAGAGAGUAGGAGUGUAUGUGGAUGUUUCAGCCGGUACUCUGUCAUUCUACAGCGUCUCUGACACACACACACUCACACACUUACACACAUUCAACACCACAUUCACUGAACCCCUGUAUGCUGGAUUUAGGGUUUAUGAAUCCUCACUGACUCUGUGUCAGUUUUAAACAGCCUCCAGUGAGAAACAACUGACACAUCAGUUGCUUAAGUCACACAAUCAAAUAUUAGUUCUUUUUUUCCACAAAUGUGUUAAAUACAGGUGGAAACAGUCUAAAUCAUGAUGAGAUUGGGUUGAAACUACAUACAAGGCAUUUAUAAAAAAACAUGUAACCACAAUGCAUUUGUAGUGGAAAUGCUGUCCAUCCUGAUUGUGUCCCGGACUGAAGAUACACCAAAUGUUCAUUUACAUUUUACAUUUUUGAGUUGUUUUAUUUCAUUAAUGCUUUUAUCAAAAGCAGCUUACAUUCACUUUUGGCACCAGUAUGCACCUUUGAGGUACUAAUAUGCACUCUUUUCAAAGAUGUACCUUUUAAUAGAGUACUGCCCCAGUGACAGCUUUUGUAUUUUUUUUUUCUGAAAGUGUACAAAUGAAGAAUAAACACAAUGCUGCAAAGUUUCAUUCCCUGUCUAGAGUAGCACAAGCUAGAAAUCACCAUCUAAAACAUGAUCAUUCUGGAACGUGUUGUGACAUCAACUCUUGAUUUUAAUGUCUUGAUUCAUGAUUCUGAUUGACAGACACAGUAGAUGAUAAUCUGUUACUGUGUGUGAGUCGGUGGAUAAUUACAACCUUUAAUGAGAAAAUGUCCUGCAGCAGGUUUUUUUUUAUUUAUUUUUUUUUGUACAGGAUGUUUUCUCAUUAUGUCUAAUGUUAUUGUUAUUAUAAAACUGUUGAUGGGUAGAUCAGGCAAAAAAAUGUCUCUUUAAUGUUUUAAACGCUGCACAAACACUGGGUUACUGGUUUAAAAUAAUAAAUCCGUGCAUGAAUCAC